AUUUGCAAACAAAUGUUACGUGAGCCAUAGCAAUUUCCCAUUUUCUUUCUGUUUUAAUUAGAUUAGCACAACAGCCGCUGCCUCUGCCUCUAAAAUUUUGCGAACUCCAGCAAUCCAAAAUCUCCGUCUCUCAGCUUCGUUCAUUCCUUCCCUCUCUCUUUCUCUCUCUGGUAUUGGAGAAUUGACCCUUCAGUUGCAGUAAUUCCACAGUUGAUUUGUUCAAUGGAAAUUUGUGGGUUUCUCUUUUGGGCUUAAUAUAUUGGCAUUUGUAGAUAGACAAGAGAAAAGAUGGAAAUGGGUAAGAAUGAAUCAGAGAAAUUUUCAAUGGAUUUUGUGAUGGCUGGAAUGGCAGCUGUAAUGUCAAAGAGCACAGCAGCACCCAUUGAAAGAGUAAAGCUUUUGUUGCAAAAUCAAGGGGAGAUGAUAAAAAGGGGACAGCUUCAUCAACCUUAUAAGGGUGUUGGUGAUUGCUUUAAAAGGGUGUUAAGGGAGGAAGGUCUCUUCUCUUUCUGGAGGGGUAACCUAGCAAAUGUCAUCAGAUAUUUUCCUACUCAGGCUUUCAACUUUGCAUUCAAAGGUUACUUCAAAAGCUUUUUUGGGCGCUCAAAAGAGAAGGAUGGUUACAUGAUGUGGUUUGCUGGAAAUGUGGCUUCGGGGAGUGCUGCUGGAGCAACUACAUCAUUGCUUUUGUAUCAUUUGGAUUAUGCACGUACUAGGCUUGGUACUGAUACCAAAGGGUGUUCAAUUAACAGUCAACGCCAGUUCAAAGGGCUACUAGAUGUAUACCAUAAAACCUUAUCAAGUGAUGGCAUUAUGGGCCUAUAUCGAGGAUUUGGGGCUUCAAUCAUGGGGAUUACUCUGUAUCGUGGCAUGUACUUUGGGAUUUAUGACACAAUGAAGCCUAUAAUUUUGGUAGGGCCACUUGAGGGGAAUUUCUUUGCCAGCUUCUUCUUGGGUUGGAGUAUCACCUCAGUUUCUGGGGUGUGUGCCUAUCCCUUUGACACUGUUCGACGGCGAAUGAUGCUAACCUCUGGGCAGUCCGUGAAGUAUAGCAGUUCUAUGCAUGCUUUUCGUGAGAUUGUUCAACUUGAGGGUUUUUCAGCAUUAUUUCGAGGAGUUACUGCAAACAUGCUUCUUGGUGUAGCAGGGGCUGGAGUACUUGCAGGUUAUGAUCAGCUGCACCGCUUUGCUAGUAGACAAGGUUAUAUUUUUGAGUCUUACCAAGGUACAUUAAAGUGAAAGCCAUGGACUCAUGAUGUAUACACAAUUGUAGCUUUUCAAACUGAUUUAUACUGAGCUGAAAAAUGGAGCUAGGGGGAAGUGGGAUUGGGUCCUGGAACGUCUAGGAAUUAAAUGUGGAUCUGUCAUGGCUGUUUGCCCUGAAUAUUAAGAUAUAGAGGGCCUCCAUGUUUAUUUUCUGUACAGUUUAUAAUUACAAUGAUUUAUUUGUGAUGCCCCAUUUACUGUACUGCAUAAAAAGUAUGCUCAAUUUUUUGGAAAAAAAAAAAAAAUACUACAUGGGCAAGCAUUUUCAUGCAUAUAUCUCUUGUAAAA